AUGUUUCUCAAACAAUGUGCAGUUCGCCAAAAUCCGGACUGCCCAUCUGGUCCACCAGGCACACCGGGUGAAGAUGGUCUGGAUGGUGAGGAUGCUCCAGACGGUCCAGUAGGGAUGGAAGGAUUAGAUGCCGAAAAUUAUGACAACAAUGGAUGUUUGCUGUGCCCUGCUGGGCCACCAGGACCCAUCAGGACAACCGGGACCACCUGGGAUUCCAGGAGAGAAAAGGGAGAACCAGGCUACCAAGUGAUUAGGAUUGGACCUCCAGGUCCACCCGGAUAUCGAGGACCUUCAGGCGUAGUAGGACUUCCGGGUACACCAGGCAUUCCUGGCCUUUUCGCAUUCCGCUGGGAUUCCGGUCCCGGUCUAAAAGGGCCGUCUGGUCCACAAGGUGUACGUGGCUCUUCUGGAGAACCAGGUGUCGACGGUGAAACCGGUGAGAGUGGUCUUGUCGGUCAUCCAGGUGCUGAAGGAAGUGAAGGCUCCCCAGGGCUAUCGGGACAACGUGGCCGUCGAGGUCGAAAGGGACGCAAGAUGAACGGUCUUCGCUACUGCAAAUGCCCAAAACGAAUGGAGGAGCUACGGAGUUAUGUGCUGAUGCCGAAAAAGAAGGCGAAAAUCGAUCAGGAAUACCCGAAAAACUUCGAAAUUCGGUGA